CCAACAAAGUCAUGGCUGCAGGGACGGCGGCUGUCGACCAAUCAGUGUAUCUGUCGUCCUUCGUCCUGAUCGCCUUACACCGAGCGACGAGCAUCAAAGACCCCAUCCUGCAGCUCCGGUUCCAUGAUGACAGCAUGAAAUCUGCAGCGAACUACAUUUCCCAGCAUGCCCCGACAGUGAAGAGCGUGUACGUGCGUGCGGUGGCGACCUACGCUCUGACCCUUCACGACCCAAACAGCGAGGCGGCCUUGACGCUGCUCAGCAGUCUGGAGAAACUCGCCCGGGACAAAGGUCACCCCGCGGUGCUCAGGUACUGGCAGGAGUCCAGUGUGACAGCUGAUUGGCUGAGACCGGACCAAUCGAGCGGCCUGACGGUGGAGACGACGGCGUACGUCUUGCUGACGGCGCUGCUCAAGGGGAGGAUCCAGUACGCCAACCCCAUCCUGACCUGGCUGACCCAGGAUCAGCACUACGGACAGGGUUUCUACUCCGUACAGGACACAGUCUUGACUCUGGAGGCGGUGACGGAGUACAGCAGGGUCGUCCCUCGAGCCAUCCUCAAUCAGGACAUCAGCGUCCGCCAAAGCAGGAACGGACCGGUGCAACGAGUCCAGCUGAGCCAGAGCCGACCUGUGGCCACGCCCAUCCAGGUGACGACAGAUGAAAACAUCAGUGUUUUCACAGGUUAUGGGAGGGGCGUGUCCAAAGUGAAGAUGAAGGCAGUUUACUAUGAGACCACGUCGUCCUCACAGAACUGUAACUUUGACCUCACCAUCGAGGUGGUGAGCCCCGAAAACAAUUCCAGUGUGCGUUCUCCUCAGCUGAUCGCCUGCGUGAAGUACAAACCUCCUCCUAACGAGGUGUUCACAGAGUCCAGUCUGACCGUGAUGAAGAUCCAGCUGCCGACAGGUGUGGACGCCACCUACGAGGACCUGAGACAGGUGUGAACGCUUCUUACUUCAGCUCUGAG